AUGCAGAGUGACAUGAAACAGAUCAUUCUGGAUAAAAAAGAGCAGUACAUAAUUAAAGACGAACGGCUCAGACAGUUGCUUGUGCGCAUCCAGGAAAGUGGAAAGCAGUCUUUCCUUCUCACAAACAGUGACUACUCCUACACAAACGCAGUGAUGAACUAUUUAGUCGGCAAAGAUUGGAAAUCGUAUUUCAAUAUAACUAUUGUCGAUGCCAGAAAGCCAAAAUGGUUUGCUGAAGGUACUGUUUUUCGUGAAGUGGAUACCGAAACAGGCGCACUCAAAAUCGGCACGCAUGUGGGCCCUCUUAAACAAGGACAGGUCUAUGCUGGAGGGUCCUGUGAUGCAUUCAGAGGGCUGGUGAAAGCUCGUGGCAAAGACGUUUUAUAUAUUGGUGAUCAUAUUUUCGGUGACGUUUUGAGGUCAAAGAAGGUGCGUAAUCAAACGGCGUAUAAAUGCUUAGCUCAGGAGUGGAUUAUACAAGACAGAUCACUCAGAGACCGAGUGCUGAGCUUGACCGUUAAGCCGUGUGUUUUUGGUCGGAAUUUUGUAUUUCAGGCACGUGGUUGGCGAACUUUUCUUGUGGUACCUGAAUUAGCUCAUGAACUAAGAGUAUGGACAGAACGGAAACCGCUUUUUGAAGAACUUACGGUUCUGGACUCGAAGUUAGCAGAUGUGUAUAAAAACCUGGAUAGUAACUCGAAGCAAAAACCAUCAAUUACACAUAUUAUUGAGUCAAUAACGUCAUUAACGCACGAAAUGGACAACGAGUAUGGUAUGUUGGGCUCGGUUUUUCGGAGUGGCUCAAGAACAACUUUUUUCGCAUCGCAGGCAAGUUUUUUACUAAGCAAAAUUGUUUUCGGAAAUUUACUUGGCUCAACUGUAUAUAACGCUCCAUAG